GCAUGCUGCCGCGCGCCGUUGCCGGAGGAGCUGGAAGAUGGCGGAGCCGGGGCCGGACUGCAGCGCGCUGCUGGACGAGGAGCUCUCCUCCUUCGUCUUCAACUAUCUCACCGACAGCCAGUAUGAAGUGUCUGGUGAGGAGCACCUUUACUCCGAUUUCCCAGAGAUUGAUUUGUCCCAGUUGGAUGCCAGUGACUUUGACUCGGCCAAUUGCUUCAGCGAGCUGCAGUGGUGCUGCGAGCGCUCCGAAACAGAGUCCAGCCAGCACAGCACCGACGACUCUGAGCUUUUUCAGAUUAUAGACAGCGAGAAUGAAGCACUGCUGGCGGCUCUCACCGAGACACUGGAUGACAUCCAGGGAGACGACAUGGGCCUGGCUGCCUUCAGAAAUAUGGACGAGGGGGACAUGCCCAGCAGCGGCUACACAUCACCCACCCCCUCUCCCAAACCUGCUGCCCCUGCCUCGAGGGGGCUUCCUCUGGCCCCAGAGGUUGAUGAGCUGUCUCUACUGAAGAAGUUGCUUCUUUCUCCAUCCAAUGUGCCUGCAAGCUAUGAGAUUCCAAAAGAAGGAAAUGUAUGGCGACCCGGAGUGCCCAGAUCCAGGUCCCAGAGGCCCUGUACAAAGGCGGAAGGCGUUUGUGACAGGAAGUCCAGCUUUCUUCAGCCUCAGAGCCGAAGCUGCACCGAGCUUCAUAAGCACCUCACCUCCACCACCACCACUACUCACUGCCCACACACGAAAUCCAGCUGGCCCCCAGAUGAGUGCCAUGGCAGCAGCCACACCAGUGAGCUCCAGGGACAUUACGCCCCCGGUGGAGAGGACAGCGACUCCAGUGAAGAUUUGCCGAGCUUCGGAAACAUAGUGGCGACUCCUCCUUCCUCCUCUGAGGAAGGAAGCGGUGAGAAGGAGCUGCACGCGGCUGUGGAGCUUAUCCGCUACAUGCACACCUACUGCCUUCCCCCCAGAAAGCUGCCCCCUACAGGUCUCGCGGAUGUAAAACACCAGCAUUACCACAGCCCCUCCAAAAGAGCAAAGCCAGAUUGCCCCCUGCAAAGGCCUGCCCUCUGUGGCAAGGACACUCGCUCCUCUGGUUCUUGGCGUUCCUCUGAAGGCUGCAAGCGGUCUAGAGCCGCCUCCUCUGAUUCCUCCAUCUUGAAAGAGCUGCUAGCCAGAGACCUCGCGUACGACGUGAGCAAGCCAUACCGGCUGGCCAAGCCUGUGUACGCCUCCUUGGCCAGGUCACAACCUCCCAAAUCUCCACGGCCUCCGCCACUCGAGACCGGACAGGCUGCGGAGAUGAGUAAGGCCGUAGCUAAAAUGCCACCUGAGGCGAAAACUGGGCUGAGGCAGAGUGCCCCAACAGAGCCUGAGGCGAAGAAAGAGACCGGCAGCCCCGCAGAAGAAGAUGGCGCAAAGCGAGGGAUUCUGCUGGGCCAGCUAGCCUCCGGGAAGGCAGCUCGCAAGCCGGAGAGCUCUGUUUAUGCAGUCCGCCGCUCCAAGAGACUGAACCCGGAGCUAAGCCUCUGGCUGUCAUUCCUCGAGGAGACUCCCUCAGACGCUGCUAUCUCCACAGAGUCAGCGGGGGAGGGUGCAAGGCAGCCAUUUCCCCCCACAGCACCUUUACAGGACUUUGAUACAGAAGCACCAGCAGCAGAGGUAGAAGUGAACGAUGUGGAUGUGGUGGAGAGUGAAUGUCAGAGCCACCCGAUGGAGCUGCAGACCCCCUCUCCUGAGAGCUCCGGAGAGAGCGAAGCGUAUGAGAUCAAUGGGAUCCCGUGCGGCACCCUCUUGCACCAAACAGAAGCAGCCAGGCGUCUGUCGCUGCCCUUGGCGCAAAUUGACCCUACAUCUGGGAAGCAGAACUUCGAGCAAAUGUUGACUGUAGAGCUGUGUGGCACUGCAGGUCUCACACCACCAACAACUCCGCCGUACAAGCCUUCUGAGGAGGACCUGUAUAAACCCGACAUUCGCCAGAGACCAGCAAAGGAGACUGCUAUUGUCACCAGCUCUGAGCUGCAGCCAGCAACAGGCAACAGUGCAAACUCCAGGAAGAACCAGAAGAAACACCCAGUGCGGACUGAGCUGUAUGCCCACCUGAGCCGGGCUGCUGCCCACCCGUCUCACCUUGAGCACCAUGGGAUGCUGAAGCGCCCUUUCUCGCGCUCUUUUGGCGACCACGACUACUGUCAGGUCUUGAAGUCUGAGGCCUCACUCCAGAGGAAGGUGCUGAAAUCCUGGGAACCCAUGAGCCAUGUGGAAAGCCAGCACAAGCGGAGAGGGCCUGACGUGCACUAUCAGGGUGCGAGCGAAGAGGGCGCUUGUGAGGCCUCGGCAAAGGAGGGCAGCAAGCAGCUGAGAGACCAAGAGAUCAGAGCCAGCUUAACAAAACACUUUGGCCUCCUGGACAGUGCCCUGGAUGAUAGGGACAUGGCCUUCUGCAAGACGCCUGAAUAUGACACUGUCUUUGAGGACAGCUGCAGUGAGCUUGGUUCCCCAGUGGAAGAGGAGGAGGAAGAGGAGGAAGAGUGCUGCUCAAGUCCCUUGGAAUCCAAGAUGUGCCCAUACAAGAAUCCUCUUUCUAGAGCCAGUUUGCACUAUUGUUCCAGAAGCAGGUCUGGUUCUGAGUCUUCUUGUGGCAGGUCCAGGUCUCCAGCAAGCAGAUGGGCUUUCAGAUGCGAAAAUGGCAAGCAGUAUCAGGAUGGAACUGUGAGCAACCCAGGGCAGAUGGAGAAGAGACGAGAAAAAGCCAUUGGGGAAGGCCGGGUAGUGUUCAUCAAAAACCUCUCCAGCAGUAUGAGCUCCAGUGAACUGAAGCAGCGUUUUGAAGUGUUUGGCGAAAUCGUCGAGUGUUGUGUUUUGACCAGAAAUAAAAGGGAAGAUAAAUAUGGCUUCAUCACGUACCGGUGUUCAGAACACGCCGCCUUAUCUGUGAAGAAUGGUGCCUCACUGCGGAAAAGAAAUGAGCCCUCAUUCCAGCUGAGCUAUGGUGGCUUUGGGCACUUCUUCUGGACCAGAUACACUGACGUGGAUUCCAAUACAGAAGAAUCCUCCCCGGCUCCAGUAAAAAGUAAAUAUGAGACCAUGGAUUUCGACAGCCUGCUGCAGGAGGCCCAGGAAAGCUUGCAUCGGUAACAGCCUUAACCUUUGAGGAGUACCUCAAUACCUCAGUCAAGGCACUUCCAAUAUGUUUACGUUUUCAAAGAAAUGAUCAAGUAUACAACAAGAAUGAGAGAGAGAGAGAGAGACUUCUGUCCCUUUAAAUCGAUGUUUACAUUGAACAAGCUGCUUCUGUCUGUGAGUCUCCAUGGUAUUGAUGUUCCACUGCCACCCAUUAGUAUCUUUGCUUCUGAUUGGUUGUGUUAGGAUGAGCCUGCAAAAGCCUCCUGUUCCCUUCUUGUCCACCCGUUUCUCUGACUGGCCCCUCUUCCCUACUUCUGCCGUGGAGUUGCAGCUGUGUUCACCAUAACUUUUUUUUUUGUCUGUAGUGUGUGAUGAUAAAAAUUGUUAAUUGUGAAUAGAAUCAGGAUUGUAAACUAAUUUUUAAUAGAAGAAAGAAAUAUAUACUUAUAAUGUAUUUAUGGCUCAGAUGUACUGUAAUUCAGAUUUAUUGUACCGCUUCCUUGAUUUUUUAACUAUGCACUGUAAUGAGGCACUUGCUCCCCAGCAGAUG